ACGCAGUUGGGUAUGGGGUUAUUUACGCCCUCCACGUAGUUGAACUAUUGUGCUUCCAUAAUCGUUUUUCUUUAAGAACAAGUUUCGUCACGCGAAAACUGUGAGAAUGGUCAACUGGAAGGCUCUGGAUAACGUGCCCCUGCUCUUCUACAUACUGGCUGCCAAAACCCUCCUGCUGUGUUUGGCCUUCGCAGCUGUGAAGAUGUACCAGAGUAAGCGAGCAGAAGCUGAGCUGAAGCGGAGGGCAGAGGCACGGAGGAAGCUCGCACAACAGACACAAGAGCUUCUCGAUGGCAAAAAGGAAGACUGAGAGCUCGUAGGUAGCCAGACCUGCAGGAUGAUGCACCACUGAUCUGAAAGAAGAAUCUGCCCUGAGCUGUGAUUGGCUGUGCUUGUCAGAAGAGCACAUAGUGUUGGAUUUUAAGACAACCACAUAUACCUGGUUGUUAUGGAGUUGUUUAUUUAUAUUUAAAGGGAGGCCUUUCAGUUUACUCCUGUGAUUUGUAAAUAAAAGUUUUCUGACAAUUCGCAGUCUUUUAAAUAUGAGAAUUUAGAAAUUUCUGAAACAGGAUGUAAUCUGUGAUGACUGAAGUUCUAAUGUUUCAGUAUCCUGUAAAUUCUUUGAGAACUGGGGUAAUCCACUAAAUGCACGCUCUCUGUUCCACAGCCAAUAGUUUCACUUGAGUUACACUGUAUGAGUGUCAUAAUGGGUACCUACACUGGAAAAAAAAAAUUAUUAAAUUGUUAGUUUAACACAAUAAAAAUGUUACCAUAAAACAUUUUUUUAUACUUUUAUGUUUUAAGCAUGCCUGCUCUACAAAAAUAAUAUGUCAACUUUACUUAAUUUUAAUGUGUACAUCGGUCCCACAUGAUCAUGUGUAAAACUGACAUGAUCUUCUUCCUUGUCUAAAUAAACUAUUUCUUGUUUCA